GAUCCUCAAUUGUGCUUUUUAUAGUUCGCUGAUGAGAAGGUUCAAUGGCUGCAUAUUGGCAUGGUUGGUCCAGUUUGGAAUGAAAAGCAGCGUUGUGCAACAGGAUUUGGUGUUGCUACUUUAGUAGAAUGGGUUUUGAAGAACGCAUCUUAAAUGUCAACUGGAUUGUUGAACUAGUUUACUGCACUGCAUUAUAAGUAAACUAAAAAUUAGUUUACAGAACUGCACUGUACUAUGAGUGAACGAAAAACAGUUCAGUUCGCCCGAACUAUUUUUUAGUUCAGUUUAGUUCAGGCGAACUGUUUAGUGCAGUGUAGUAUACUUUGCCCACCCCUAUCUGUAACCACUUCUUUGGAUGCAUGAAUGUGUUGCUUUGGUGACUAUUAAAAGAGUGGAGGGGUGAACUUUGUAUAUGAGUCUUAUAGUGGUGUUGACAUAGUAGUAUUCAAAGAAAUAUAAGGAUACAAUCUUUGUUAUGUAAAAAGAACCUUAGUCCUUACCUUCAUGCAAGAGAGAUAAAGAUGCGAAGAUAUUUGAAACAUAGAAAAGCUUUGAUUGCAAACCCCAAAUACCAACUUCGAUUGCCUCACACUCAAAAUAACCGCCAUUCUCAACACAUCAACAACCACCCUCGUGGUCUUCAUGACCUUGUUCGUCUCUAUGCGGCACGUAAUCAAAUCGAACUUGCUCGUCACUUGUUUGACCAAAUUCCAAACCCAAAUGUUGUUUUGUUGAACAUGAUGAUCCGAGCUUAUGCUUGGACUGGCCCUUUUCAUCAAUCCAUUCAUAUGUACCAUCGCAUGUUGCAACUAGGUGUUACACCCAACAACUUCACCUUCCCUUUUCUUCUCAAAGCCUGUUCAGCUCUCCAAGCAAUUGAACUUGGGAGACAAAUACAUGACCAUGUUCUCACACUUGGCCUACAGGCCGAUCUCUACAUUUCCACUGCCUUGCUUGACAUGUAUGCCAAAUGUGGCAAUUAUUUUGAAGCACGCACAGUAUUUGACAGUAUGUCCCACAGGGAUAUUGUCUCAUGGAAUGCAAUCAUUGCUGGCUUUUCAUUUCAUGCUUUUUACAAUCAAACAAUUCACUUAGUUGUGCAAAUGCAGCUAGCCGGAAUAGCACCUAAUUCUUCCACUAUUGUAUCUCUUUUACCCACAAUUGGACAAGCUAAUGCCUUAUGCCAGGGGAAGACUGUUCACGCUUACUCUGUAAGAAAGAUCUUCAGUCAUGAUGUGGUUGUUGCAACUGGGCUAUUGGAUAUGUAUGCUAAGUGCCACCACUUAUCUUAUGCCCAGAAGAUCUUCAAUGCCCUGAACCAAAAGAACGAGAUAUGUUGGAGUGCUAUGAUUGGGGGAUAUGUCAUUUGUGACUCCAUGAGAGAUGCUUUGGCCCUUUAUGAUGACAUGGUGUAUAUGCAUGGCUUGAAUCCUACACCUGUCAUUCUUGCAAGCACACUUCGAGCAUGUGCAAAUCUCACUGAUCUGAAUAAGGGGAAAAACUUGCACUGUUACAUGAUUAAAUCAGGGAUUAAUUCAGACACAACAGUGGGAAACUCACUGAUAUCAAUGUACGCCAAGUGUGGGAUCAUGGAUGAUGCACUUGGAUUUCUUGAUGAGAUGGUUAUAAAAGACUCGGUUUCUUAUAGUGCUAUUAUUUCUGGAUGUGUGCAAAAUGGCUAUGCAGAAAAAGCUGUACUUAUUUUUCGCCAGAUGCAGUUAUCUGGGACUGACCCAGAUUCCGCGACCAUGAUAGGUUUGCUUCCAGCUUGUUCCCAUUUGGCCGCUGUACAACAUGGGAUCUGUUGCCAUGGAUACUCAGUUGUUAGAGGCUUCACUGCAAAUACCUCCAUUUGUAAUGCCAUCAUUGACAUGUAUGCAAAGUGUGGAAGGAUUCAUAUCAGUCGGCAAGUUUUUGAUAGAAUGAAAAAGAGGGAUAUUGUUUCGUGGAAUACAAUGAUAAUUGGUUAUGGCAUUCAUGGGCUAUACAUAGAAGCAUUUUCAUUGUUUCACGAAUUACUAGCAUCAGGCAUGAAGCCAGAUGAUGUGACCCUUAUUGCUGUUUUAUCUGCAUGUAGCCAUUCAGGACUUGUGACGGAAGGGAAAUAUUGGUUUAAUAGCAUGAGCCAAGAACUCAACAUCUCACCAAGAAUGGCACAUUAUAUAUGCAUGGUUGACCUCCUGGCCCGAGCAGGAAAUCUGGAUGAAGCGUACUCCUUUAUUCAAAAGAUGCCGAUUGAACCCGAUGUUCGUAUAUGGAGUGCAUUGCUCUCUGCAUGUAGGACCCGCAAUAAUGUUGAAAUAGGUGAACAGGUGUCAAAGAAGAUACAGAUGCUGGGACCUGAGGGUACUGGAAAUUUUGUUCUUAUGUCUAACAUCUAUAGUUCCGUGGGCAGAUGGGACGAUGCAGCACAUAUUAGAAACAUACAGAAGCAUCAAGGUUACAAGAAAAGCCCAGGAUGCAGUUGGAUUGAGAUCUCCGGGGUAAUCCAUGGAUUUAUUGGGGGUGAUAGAUCUCAUCCACAGUCAGUAUCCAUAAAUAACAAGUUACAAGAACUGUUGGUGCAGAUGAAAAGAAUGGGAUAUCAGGCAGAUUCUGGUUUUGUUUUCCAUGAUGUUGAAGAAGAGGAGAAGGAACAGAUUCUCCUUUAUCAUAGUGAAAAAAUAGCCAUUGCGUUUGGAAUUCUUAAUACCAGUCCUAGCAACCCCAUUCUAGUUACAAAAAAUUUGCGUAUAUGUGUUGACUGCCAUAAUGCAGUAAAAUUUAUGACUCUUAUAACAGAGAGGAGGAUAACAGUAAGAGAUGCAAGUCGAUUUCAUCAUUUUGAGAAUGGAGUCUGCAAUUGUCGGGAUUUCUGGUGAGAGAAAGAAAAGUUGGAGUUGCACCCCUUGCCACAAGUUCAUCCUGCACCCCUUGCUGCUUGAACCAGUUCAUUAGCACGGAAGAUCAGGUGUGUUUUUAUUUAUGAGAAAAGUGUAUAUUCUCAAUUCAAAGGCGAGAAAAUGCAUUUGUUUA